AUUCGUUCGUGUUCGGAUUUUUAGCUCUUUCUGUUCCAAAGAGGAAAUCACAGUAAGGAGUAAGCGAAGUCGCCGUCAAUCCAAAUCAAAAUCUGUCGCUACACUUCUGUAAAUUUUUUCGAGGACGAGAAUCAAUCUUCACCGACGCAUUGAAGUCAUUCAAUGUAUUCUAACUACGUGAUGUAAAGACAAAGACUACUUGCAAUGAAUAAUGUGAAUAUUAUAUAUUUUCCUCAAACCUCUCAGGAACCUGCAAUUUUCUGCACCCGUAACGAGUUUCCACUUGUAGUUCCUCUACUUCCUACACCUUGUAAUAACAAGGAUAUUUCUGGAUGAUUUCUUCCUUUUUCCUUGAAUGAAUAGCGAUCUAUCCCAACGACGAAUUAUCAUGUAAUAAAGCGACCUACACCUUCCACAAAGUCAAAACAAUCGAAGAGCACCGCUUGUUGUUUUUCGGCGCUUUUUAGAAAGUAGACUUCCCGCCUUGUUCACACAACAUUACCAGCACGACCACCUUUUUUUUAUACGACAAUAAAGUCGUGGUCUCAAUCAAACAGUCACUUUCUCUGGUAACGACGUUUGUUGUAGUUCUUUCACAUGAUUCCGUUCUCGGAAAUUAUCUGACAUAUUGGACCAUAAUCUUAAUCACCUCGCAAUAUCGAUAUAUAAGAAAGUCAAAAUGGCUACUGCAAAAGUCUCUUUCGUUGCACGCUCGUGCCGUGUCCCACGCGGAGCAGGAAACCACUUCUUAUGUCUUGGAGCUGAUAAGCCGCUGCGCCUACCUACAUAUUCAUAUAUAUGUAUAAGAACUUCAGGGAUUCGGGGAUUCUAGUAUAUCCUUUAACUAGUACUAGAUGAAAAAUUUUAUUUGAGAAAAAGCAUUAACAUAGUUAGUGAGUACUUUAUCAAGUCGAAUAUAUCUUCUUCUAAUGUUUGAUCUUCCUCUAAGCUCAUCUGCGAGCCGAUCUUUGGUGACUGGUUGCUCGUCCUCGUCGUCGCGACCAGCAGCUUCUGUCCUUGUUCCUCUGCAACAGCAGCGUCGUGGUUAUUCGCUGCGAUUGGAACGGAUACCGGAGAAUAUUUUGAAGGCCGAAUAUGCGGUUCGCGGAGAGAUCAUAGCGCGGGCAGAGCAAAUUUCCAAGGAAAUCGCUGAGGCCAAGAAUGGUGCGAAACCCUACCCGUUCGAAAAGCUGGUGCCCUGCAACAUAGGAAAUCCACAAGUGGUCGGCCAGCCCCCGCUCACUUUCCAUCGACAGGUUCUCUCAGUACUGGGCAACAAUGGACUCCUCGACGAUCCCGCUUUGACGAGCACCCUUCCGGCCGAUGUAGUGGAGCGCGGGAUGCGCUUUCGAGGUACGCAACCGGGAGCAUAUACGCACUCACGGGGCCAUCCACUCUUCCGGAGAAUGAUUGCGGACUACAUCGACAAACGCGAUAAAAUCGCGGUCAAGGCCGACCCAGAGCACAUCUAUGUCAGCAACGGUACUCGUGAUUUUUCUUAUGAUCUACUUCAAUACAUCUCUGCCAUGGCGUUGGCCUCGUGAUGAUGAGGAUAGAUAUCAAAUAUUCUCAGUCAAUGUUCCUGUUCGGGUGUCGUGUAGCUCGUCCUCUUUCAAGAACUAUAUCAGGACCGCGAGGACUCAUGACUGAUCUUAUUCCGCGUUCAAUCAACCUCUCAGGCGCGUCGGGCGCUGUAAUCACUGCAUUAGAGCUUUUGAUCCGCAGUAAGGGGGAUGGAAUCAUGAUUCCAGUACCGCAAUAUCCCCUGUAUUCUGCGUCCAUCACCAAGGCGGGCGGAACAUGGGUUGGCUACGAGCUCACAGAGAAUUACGAUACUGAUAAGCCAAGCUGGGGUCUAGACAUUGCGCAACUUCGUGAGGCAUUGAAGGUAUACAAUAAAAAUUCGAUUAUUGUUAUUCUUUUUUGCACAGCGUGGAGGUGAUCAUGACUGGUGUCUGAAAUAUAUUUAGAUUACCAUUACUUCAAUGAGGAUUUCAAUUUGAUUCAGAUGAAAUGACUGGGGCCAAUAGCAAUAUUGUCCUGUCAUAACCAGUCGUGAACGAAUUUCCUUAAUCAUCUUCCUCAAACAGAAAUCGCAGGCGAGUAACGUGAAAGUGCGUGCGAUCGCGGUGAUUAAUCCCGGCAACCCCACUGGAAAUGUGAUGGGCCGCAGUGAGGUUGAGGCUGUCGUCGAUUUUGCGAAGGAGAACGACCUUGUCAUUCUGGCGGACGAAGUUUACCAAGACAAUGUCUACGAUCCCUCGAAGGAGUUCGUGUCUUUCCGAUCAGUGGUGCGCACGCGACCCGGGUGCGACGCAGUGCAACUGUUCUCCUUUCACUCUAUCUCGAAGGGCUACUACGGAGAAUGCGGGCUGCGUGGAGGCUACAUGCACUUGACCAACCUCCCGGACAUCGUCCACGAGCAGGUCUACAAGCUCGCCUCAAUGCAGCUGUGCUCCAAUACGGUCGGCCAGGCGAUGAUGGCCAGCGUCCUGAACCCGCCGCAAGAAGGCGACCCGAGUUACGAGCUUUUUCAGCGCGAACGCGCCACCACACUCGAUGGUCUGAAGAAAAAGGCGAAGAUGCUGUCCGCCCGCCUGAAUGCCAUACCCGGAAUCCAGUGCAUGCCCAUUGAGGGCGCCAUGUACGCCUUCCCACAAGUUGACCUGCCGCAAAAAUUCAUCGACGAAGCGCGAGCACAAGGUAAGAACCCGGACACGUGGUACUGCUACCAGAUCCUGGAGAAGCUGGGCGUGAUCACCGUGCCCGGAAGUGGCUUCGAGCAGCGUGUCGGAACUUGGCACUUCCGUACUACAAUUCUGCCAGCAGAAGAGGAGCUCGUGCGCUUUCUCGAUGGGCUCGAAAAGCUCCAGGCUGAUCUGUACGCCAAGUACGGACAGCCAUAACUUUCACGAGGACCGGACACUUAUUUACCAAACUCUCGAUAGCAAGUAGGGGUAGAACGAAAGUGAAUUUGAAUACCAGCCAGUAGGAAGAGGUCUGUUUUAGAAUACUCGAGGACGACUUUUUCCUACUGAGUUAGUUUCACCGGACUCUGAGUUGCUGCAGAAUAGAGUAAAACUAAAGGUCAACUGGUGUACAAAGGUAAGUAAUCAGUUAUAAUUCACGAACUCGAAUUCUUUUUUAGUAACUACUGGAGGUGCUGCGAUUCUGGCCGUGCUGUCCUCCCCUGGAUGCAAGGCACGACACAACGAUGAGGGGGCAAGGGCAGGCCUUAGCGAUUGAAUGCACUAUGCAGGUAAUGAACUUUGCUAAGUCUACCGCCUAUCUAUAUAACCUCCCUCAUGUAACCUAGAAGAAGCUUUAUCGCAUAGAAUAUACAUACAUUUUUGCGUCACAGUCUAAUGGAUGUGCUUGUCAUAGUCAUGAUCAUGUCGGAUAUUAUUUGCAUAGGAUUUGCAAAGAUGAUGUCGCGAUUUUCAACCACGACCUCAACGACCUCGAAGACCACAUGGGUAUUUGUGCUACUGUAAAUGGGAUCAUUGAGGAGCUGUACAUGAAAAUCUUUUCCCCCACGUGCUGUUGGGGACGGAUGAUGUAUUGGCAUCACGGAAGCUGCAUUUUUUCAUUUCCCAUUCUACUGUAUCUACGAUCGUGUCUUUGACUUUGGAACGGAAUGCAGAAACAGACGUACUUAUGUAACAUGUUGCUGUCGAAGAUGUUGUAACUGUAAUAUAUUGUUGCACGGGAUAAGCCUAAGUUUGUAGAGGUGAAAACUAACCGGCUGCUUUGCUUAGUGCUUUGGGCGUCGCUGGGCCUAAACCUUCGCCGUUUUACGGGCAAAAGCCAAACAAGAUUUGCGGCGCAGCCUCAUACUAUUUUAAGGGGAAAAGCCCCGAACUCCUGUUAUGGGAGGAGGUUACUUAGUCACUUUUUCAGAUGUAGCUGCACUUAGUCACUUUUUCAGAUUUCGUUAUGGGAAGAUGUAACUGUAAUAUAGAAGGGAUUUCUUGUAGUUUGGGACAGACUGACCUGUAUCUAUUUGAUUUGUAGCUUCAUGUAUUUACUAGUGCAGCUUCAUGUUUUUACUCGGGAGCAGAAAUGUACACAACAAGAGUGAUCUUGGGUAUUCCUAUGUACUUACUUAUUUGUUGAAUCAUCUAUCCGGGUAUUCUUUUUAGACAAAACCAUGAUGACAGUCUCGAUUUAUUGAAAAAAUGAUUUUGAAAAUCAAAUCUCGAAGCACCCGCGCUGCGGAAUUUUUAAGGCCUCAAGCGGCAGCGGCAUACGCAGCGGGUGUGCAUCUCCUGCGUUUGCUCCGAUCUCAACAACGCAUGAGAAGCAUAGAUGCUCGCGGUUCCAG